AUGACUGAAAUAUCUGCCCAGCCACCCCAAUCCACACGUCGUUGGGCGAAAAUCAUUCUGGAGAACAAGACAGGAUCAACGUUUCGAAUGCAAGUACUCCAUGAGUACACUGGAGAACAGACCGAUGAUUCUGGAUGGCACUCCUUUGGUCCGGAUGAGAAGAAAACCAUGUUCGAGCAGGUUUACUAUAACACUGGAUUCUUUACGACUGGAGUGGACAACUGGAAGGUUCAUGGAAGUGAAAUGAUUUUGUAUGAAGGAACCGAUGGAAAAGGGAUCCCCAUCAUGGGCAAAGUGUGGAUCGAUGGUGUUCCUUGGAGAAGUUGGCAUGGAUUAUUUGCUCAGUGGAAGAAGCACACAUUGAGAGCAGAGGAUGAUGGACAGGAGACAAUUAUUCGGGUUUACAAAACAGAAGUUCAGUUUAUAUCGCCAAGUGGAAGGUCGGUGACACCUUGGUAUAGGAUCGGAGAUGACGCUGGGAAGGUUUAG